AUGGAGUUUCCCAAUCUUGGCGAACAAUGUGCUGUAAAAUCCUGUCAGAUGUUAGAUUUCCUGCCAGUUAGAUGUUCAGGCUGUCGUAAAGUGUUUUGUAAGAAUCAUUACUUCUUUGACUGUCAUUCUUGUUCCGUCGGCAAUGCGAAGGAACGCCAAGUUCCUGUCUGCCCGCUGUGCGGUGUCCCUGUUCCCAUUGGUUCUGACGAAUCUGCUGACAUUAAAGUUGGCCACCACAUUGACACAGCAUGCAAGUUUCAACCAGCUCUUGCACUGAAAGGGAAAAUAUUUAACAAUGCCUGUUCGGUGCCGAGGUGUAAAAAAAAUGAACUGGUUCCUUUGCGCUGUGAACGAUGUCACCUCAACUACUGUAUUAGCCAUCGAAACGAAUUGGACCACAAUUGCAAGGGCAUUUCAGCAGCUUCCACCACCGGAAAGAGAAUGUCUGCCUCUGGGGCCGCAGCAAUUAGGCGCGCUGUCACUGGGCAAUCUAACAACGGUUUCAACAAUAAUAGUGCAGCAAUGAGUAAAGCUAAACAGGAGGAGGAGGACAGACAACUGGCGCUGGUGAUCGCUGCUUCGAUGGAAGCCGAGGAAGAGGAGAAUCGUCGGAGGCGGCGUCAGCAAUAUCAAACAUCGGCUCCCUCAGAUAACGGGUGCAAUAUUGGCUAG